AAUGCUUCUUCAAGAGUGGAUGCAUUUUUUUUCCCAUGAAAUGAGCCAUUUAUCUAUGGAUGACCAAGUCUGCCAUAAUUAAAAAUAAAUAAAUAAAAUGUAUGUAUUUAUGGCAUAUAUUUAGGUAUUGAGUGAUUCAUUUAUUCAUUUUUAAUUAUGGCAGAGUUGGUCCUCCAUAUGUAUCAGGCUCCCUCCAUGGUGAGGAAAAUGCAUCCAUUCUUAUUUACUUCAGAAGAAGUUUUAAAUUCUAAUUUGCAGACUCACCAAACAUGCAGUCCUGCAUUAACAUGUCCUUGAAGGCCCUCUUCUGUCCCUUUCCCGCCCAGUUAAAAAUGCAUGCUACACGGUUUGCCAUGGUAGCGGAUGGCAUUCGCCGGAUCAUAUUUUCGGCAUUGGUUCCUCCGACUAAUGCCAAGCGGGUAGUUUUAACAGAUUAGAGAGAAAAUGGUUAGUUUGCUAGUGUACAAUGUGCCAUGUCAAAUGGACAGCAUAUUGCAUUUAAAGGGAUUGUUCUGAUUUUUUGAUAUGAGGUUGUAUUACAUCCUCACCAUCAGUGUUGGGCAUCAGCAGUGACUUUUCCCCCACUGCGUUCCGUGAGUUCUGGCCCGGUUUCGGUGUUGCAGAAAUUAGUUCCUGCUAGUUAUUGGGGUCACGGGAUGCAGUGGGGGAAAAGUCACUGCUGAGCCCCGACACUGAUGGUGAGGAUGUAAUACAACCGCUUGUCAAAAAAUCUGAACUAUCCCUUUAAUGCCUCCACACUUACAAUUCCUGACAAUAAAUGUAAGAAAAUAAUUGGUCAAAAAAUGGUUCACCAUCAUUCGACGGACUGUUUCCUCCUUCAGUGCAGCUUCAUCCUCAUCAAACUGCUCCUCAUUGGCGAGUGGCAGAACCAUGCAGGGCUCUUCUCUAUGUAAUUCAGGACCCGCUCCAGGAAUAUUCAUGGAGGAUUUAGCGAUUACAGUCUUUGUAAACUAAAUGUCCAGUGACAUUUGCUUCACCUCCAUAAGUAGCUCCGUAAGCAUCUUGGAUUUUUUGUUGGCAGCAAUCUCUUAGAAGAAAAGCAAUUGGUUUUACAUUACAUUUCAAGUAUAGAUCGACCAUUUUCAAUUAUUUAGAAUGACACUAAGCAACUCACUGAUGUUUGCACCCCUAACUUAUAGUAACCAUUAAGAAUUUAAAUGUUAAGUCUAACAAAGACAGUCAUAUCAAAAGGGACAUGUUUCUCAAUUCAGAUGGCAUCAGUAAGGUUAAGAAGUUGAUCAGAAAAUGAUGCUUGCCUUGCAACAUUUGGCUGGGCUCCCUUCCAUGGAAUCUUCCCAGUGGUGUUUCUGGAGCUUAACCUUUAAGACACCGACAACAUGCCAUCACCCAUGGCAUUGCACAUUAGGUCAUUGUGUAUUGGGGGGUAAAUGGGCCUUAUAGCACAAACAACAUUUUGAAAUACAUACCAUUCCUUGCUUGCUCUGAUGGCACAUUGUGGUAGGGGCUCGAGUUAUACAUUGGCAUUCCUAGAGACAUACAGACAGAAAUAACAAAAUAAGGGAAAUAAGCACUAUCAAAGUGGUUGUGAAUGAGCACCAUAUAGCAACAAAGGAUGCCGAUUGAUUGGCCGUUGAAUGGCAUAAUUUGAGAUUGGUUGGCAUGUCCGGUGAGAAUUUGUUAGUUAACUCACCUGUUCAGCCCUGAGGGUGGUGAGGGGGAUUGCCAGCAAAGUCUAAAAAGAGGACAAUCCAAAUUAUAUCCUUGCAAGAUAGGGAGACACUGAAUGAACAGACUUUAGACACAAUAAGAGUGGCUGAGGGCAUCACAUAGCUACAUCCAGCCUUUUUGUCUACUUACUAUCAUUGAAUAGGUCUGUUGACUCUAGCUCUGCCUAGAAGUUUCCACAAAAGCCUAAAAUGAGAGAACACAAAACAUAAACUAUGAUUGCUAUAACUCAGACAAAGCACAUUUAAAAUUUGUCCACCCUGAGGUCAAAUGACUGAACAUCCUCCGAAUAAUUUUCUCCAGAGGCUAAAAGAAGGGAACGCAAGACAGUAAUAGAGCUGUAACUGUUCAACGCAUAUCACAUGACCAGUGUUGGGCAAGUUACUUCAAAAGCGUAAUGCAUUAUUUAUUACUUGUUACUGUCAUUUCAAAGUAAUUAGUUACAUUACAGUAUUACUGUGUUUGAAUUGUAAGGCAUUACACUACUUUUGCAUUACUUUCACCAAAAUAACAUGAAAUAUGGAUUUGGUGUUCUCAAUAGAUCUUCUUGUUUUCAAUGCAGCUCAUUACACAGCAGGAGGUGAUGUGGUUGGCAUAAUGACUGAGCUAGGCUUAAGGCUAACAAAUGUACAAUAUAAUGGUCGCAGUUAUGGCUCAUGGUGCAAUACAUUUUAUAAUAGAAAUAACUGUAUCUUUAGGUAUUGAAAUCAAUAGAGAUUGUAAAAAAAAAAGUCAUGACAAGAUACACAACCCUUUUUACAUUUCUAUCCUUUUAUUUGCUUUCAUUAACAGAGAAUUCAUAGCAUAAUGAAUGACAUAGCUAGACCUACAUAAUGUCUAUGGCCAUAGCCAUAGGUCCCCCCCCCCCAUCAACCGCUCAGCGCAGCUUAAACUUGGGCAGUGACACAGAAGCCAGUAACGCUUGCUUUGGAUUCAAUUAUAGUGUAACAGACUGUUCUGUGUUUAGUUUGGAAAAGGAGGUGUGUCCCUUGUGAGUUGCCGUAGGGGGGAAGUUCGGGGAAGUGUACGGCUGAUGUGUUGUGUGGGUGUGUCUGAGAUUAAAGUGAAGCGGAGUUGGCUGCUGAACACACUAUCUCGUCUCCGGUCCCGUUCAUUCUUUUCUAUAAUACUACAGUAUAGGCAAACCCAGAACGCUGGGCUACAGUAGCAUACCCAUCUGGCAAAUGUAGAGUCCGACUCUGCUGCUGCUGUCAUCUUCUCCUCUAGCAGUACGACGAAGUAAACAUUUGCGUGGUUUUUUUUCUCCUCUGCGAAUCUCGCGGUGUUAGCGAAUUUGUAUAAAAACAACACACCCGUUAAUUUCGGGUUAAAAUGCAUUGUAACGUACGGAGCCCCUUAGGUGACAUGGAGGAGAGAAAAAAAAAUGGAGAAAAAAAAAAACGUGUUCUGGGGACAAACACUAACUACAGUUUUGCGAGAUCUUGAAUUUGUUUUGCGAGAUCUCGAGUUUAUUUUGCGAGAUCUUGACUUUGAUUUGCGAGAUCUCGAGUUUAUUUUUGCGAGAUCUUGACUUUGAUUUGCGAGAUCUCGAGUUUGUUUUGCGAGACCUCGAGUUUCAUUUGCAAUAUCUCGCAAAUCCUAGCGUAGCCUACUUGUCGGUGUGUGAGUGUAGUCCACUGAAAUUUGGUUGUAGUUCUUCAUAUUACCAGCAGGGGGGGAAAUUUACUCUAAAGUCGGCUCUGGUUAGGUGAGACGAAAGUGAUGUCGAACAUAUUAUCCUUUGCGUAAUUCUUCUAAAAACGUGAAGAUAUAAGAUGUGAACAUUAUUGUUAGUAUCAGUUUCUUUAAAAAGUUCAAAAAUCAAAGUUUUUUGUCUUUCGUGGUUUUUAAAAUCAACUUCCGGGUCAGUAGAUGGCGGUAAAUAACGUAGAUAUACGGUGAAGAAGGUCAUAAAAUGGAGGUGGACCUGGAGAAUUUCCUUAUCGCCAGAGCCGUGGCACAGGACAAGAUAAACCACAUGAAGACAGAUAAGCGCCAUACACCUAACAGAGUGACCCUUUUGGAGAGGAUAAGGGAGAAGAUAGGGAACAGGAAGAUGUUGAAAACGGAUUGUCACACGCCAUCAGAAUCGCAUGGAUUGUCUAGAAAGUGCAACAAAAGUGGAGAAAAGGUGGUACGGAAGAUUGAAAUUGGGUGGCUUCACUAUUCAAAACCUCACUACACCCAGGUGAGAACGAGGCAUGGUGGUGGGACUAGACACACAACGGUUCCUAAAGAAACUACCGUGGAGCAGGUUCUAGAAACCGGAAAACGGCUGUUUUUCCCAAAUGGAUCGUCGACCAAGGGGCCACAACAUAUUUUUGAUUUUGAGGUGCGUGACUUCAAAAGGAAUUAUAUUCCGUUGGAAGAGACCGUGGGCAAGUUGUAUGAGUCAACAAAGUUGAAGCUUCUCCGUUUUUACAUCUGCUCAAAGGACAAAUUCUCUGUGGAGGACGAAAUUGACUCAUCGACUGAAGAUUUAGAAGAUCUAAGCACAGGGUCGAGAGAACAACAGCCGAAUGCUCCUGCCCAUGCAUCACCUGAUUCCUCUGUCCAAUCAAUAGCUGCCAUCUCAGGGCCCACAGAGGGUUUUCGUCGAGCUUCAAUUCAGUCGAGAGAACUACUGCCGACUGCUCCUGCCCACGUAUCACCUGAUUCAGUCCAGGCAUCAACUGCCAGCUAUGGGGCCACAGAGGGUUUUCGUCGAGCUUCAAUUCGCAGAAUUAAUGUGGUCGAAGAUGUUCUGUCUGUGUUUAUGGACAGUAGUAUAAUUUCUUUGUUUUUGAAGAUGGAUUUUGUUAAUGAAAAUGCUGUUGCUGAUUCAGGGGUUUCGCGGGAGGUGUACACUGCAUUUUGGGAGAUGUUUCUUUAACAGCAGUGUGAUGGGGAAACUGAGAGGGUCCCAAGGCUGAGGCCUGAUUUCUGUCAUGGUGAAUGGCAAGCGGUUGGACGUGUGUGGGUGAAGGGGUUACUAGAUCUUGGUGUACUUCCAGUGAUGCUUUCAAAGGCCUUCAUGGUAGCGUGCAUCCAUGGUAUGGAUUCGGUAGAUGUAGACCUGCUCAUUAUGUCCUUUCUCAACUACUUGCCUCCAGUCGAGAGGGCAGCUGUGGAAAGGGCUCUUGAGGGGAGGAUGGAGGAAGACGAUGAAGAUGAUUUGCUUGAGCUUUUUUCACGAAUGGGCUCACAUUCUCUUCCACCAAAAGAUAAUAUGAGAACAGCCAUUGAAUCCAUGGCUCACAAAGCCAUUCUGCAGGAGCCUAAAUUUGUCAGAGAUAGCUUCAGUACAGUUAUCUUGUUUGUACAGCAAAACCUUCCUGACAAAGAAAGUGUGUUGGCUCUUUACGAGUCCAAAAAGGCCAGAGGCAAACGAGUAGUGCAGUUGUUGGACACAACAAAUGUUGUCCUUAGUCGGAGAGAACAGAAUGUGUUCAGUUAUCUCCAACGUUACAUUAAAAAUGCCGACCAAACAAAGGCGGAGAAAUUCCUACGCUUCUGCACAGGGUCCAGUGUCAUAUGUGUAGAUAAAGUGAUGGUAUCCUUUAACGCUGAAACUGGACUUGGGAGAAGGCCAAUUGGGCACACGUGUGGUGCUACUCCUGAGGUUCCUUGCACAUAUAGCUCUUUCCCUGAAUUCAGGACAGUGCUUGAUAACGUCCUCUCAAGCAAUUACUUCGAGAUGGAUAUAAUCUAAAAGUCUUAUCUAAAUUUUUAUUUUGUCAUUUGUGAGUUAUUUUCUGUUCUCUAAAAUACCUGUUCUUGCUGGUAAAAUGCUUACAUAAUGACAUUCUUUCUGUUGAAAUGUUAGUUUGUAUGUCCAUAGUCCAUAUCUAUUUUUGUACUACCAGCAUGACUAUACGGCAGCCAAAUUUGUAUUUCUUGACCUUUAAUUGGAAAUCAUAGUAAUGAUUGAUUUAAUAAGAAAAAGUGCAGUAGUUUAAGGCCUACACAACCUCCAAGGCUGAGAUUAGAUGAAAUUGAUUGGCUAUGUGGGACAUAUCACUGAGAUUUCAACAGAAACCAUGGCAAAUUAUGUGUGAGUGUGUGAUGUGGUUACCAUACCAAACUUUGGGUGAUGCAUGUGUUCCAUUUACUCAAAAUACAAAAAUGUGCCCAUUAUAUACAUUUAUUCAGAGGUACUCGUUUCCUUAGAAGUUGAGAUCACCCCACACUAUUGUUUUCUUUUUCAUUUUUGGAAGAACUGUAUAUUAAAGUGAGCAAGCAUUUUUCAGAUCCUGCUUUGUGUAUGAAAGUGUCUGCUGAAUUUCUUCCACUCCAUGUUCUAUUAAAUUGUAUACCUUCAAUUGCUAUCUCUAACAAAAACCAAACCAACAAAGCCAAAAAGUAGUUUAACACUGACGGGCUAUGUGCUGUGGGACGCUAAAUUUCAACACCUGUCUGUAAGCUGCACUGUGUCCAUUACAGUAGGAGGGUUUGUUUGCUGCAGGUGAGUGUCCACUGUUAGUGGAGCGGGAGAAAUCCAGACUUAAAACUCCAGGUGCAACUAUUCAACCAGAAAAUGAGUCCAGUAAAGGUAAAAGUUGUCCAUGAACAUAUCUGUUUUAUUCAGGUAUCUACAGACAGGGGUGCACUAUAGGUGAGUCCAAUGGUAGGGCAGUGGGUGUGUGAAUACUGUAGGUCACAUUUGCAGAGCAGUAGUAAUGACACCUCUCAAGCACAUGUACAAGUUAACAGCCUGAUAAGGAUCCUCAGGUAGAUGCAGAUGUGAUUCGACCAUGAUAUCAUUGCAGAGUGAAUAAACAUCUCGAUCACAGGGAAUGGGCUCUCGAAAGAUGCACUCAGUCUUGCAUACACCCAGAUGUUCACUCUGAACAGGACAAAGGUGGUCUCUAACAUUAUACAGUUGUGGGAUGGCAUACAUGAUAUUAGGCCGGCCGCUAGGGACAUUAGUAUUUCUUGAUGGCCUGAUGGUAUGGGCGUUCCAGGUCUGUGCUGUGUCAUCUAAUUCAUCCUGGUGGGACAUAUUGUGACAAUUAGGAAAGAUUGCAGCAUAGUUAACCCGUCAGCCCAUAGCACCCCUAAAGCCCCCAAAUCCAUACCACAAGCAACAGACGUCAUUUCACUAUUUAGACACAGGUAAAUAGCAUUUGUAGUAAAAUUCAUGAAAUGAGAACAACUAAAUGCUCAGAUUUAACAAUGUAGGGCCAGUUUGUAAGACAUCAACAGUCUAAAAAAUAAUACAAAUUUAGGCUUAGUCGAUAGUAAUAAACAUGUGUGUUCUCUCUGGCAAGUAGGCCAGGCCUAGUGGCAGUGUUGGGUGAAACUCAUUACAAAAGAAAGCUAUUGCAGAUUAGAUGUUGAUGUCAUGCAGUAAUGUACGGUGGCGCUGAGCAUUCACCAACUAAAAAAAAGUUUCACAGCUAAUGUAGCCGUUAGCACACUCAGGAUCUCGUAAUUACGAGAUACGGAUCUCGUAAUUAUGAGAUAAGGAUCUCGUAAUUACGAGAUAAGAUAUCAUAUUUACGACAUAAGGAACUCGUUUACGAGAAAAGGAUCACGCCUCUUAUUCAUAAAUAACGUUGCUGGCUUGCUGCAGGCCGGCAAAGAUGACGCUAUCCGACGCUAUCGUAUUUAAUCUCCUAUAAGUAUGUCAACAUUGCGCAGACAUCUGAAGUCAUUGGCCGGCAAAGAUGACGCCACCGACGCUAUCGUACUUUAUUUCCUGCUCGGGUUGAGGCAUUGGGAAAUAUGGAUGUUCCUUAAAAGUGAGGAGGGCAUUAAUAUAAGUAUGUCAACAUUGCGCAGACAUCUGAAGUCAUUGGGACUGUUCAGGAGAAAAGCCCAGUCGGACCUGAUAAAUUGACGGCGAACUGCUCUAGCCGAGCCUUCUCUCGGAGGGACGCUAAAGUGUGUUGCAUAGCGACCGUCGUGCAUUUUGAAGGCAGCCAGGAGGGAUUACUUUUUUGUAUUCUUUAAUAAAACAGCUAACAAUAUUUUAUUGAUUUGUAUAAAAACAAUUUAGCUCAUUAAUUUGAAAAGAGCUUGAGGUAAGACGUUUUCUGAACAAUAAUUCAUAGUAUAAAGUUAAACACAUAAUGCACUGCUGUAUUCAACUUUUAAGAGCCGCAAUGUGAGGGGCCAGCCACAUGCCCUUUAAACCACCAUGACAACAACAUUUCCACUUCUGGGUUCCACUGAACAAUUAACGCGUCAAUAUUCGAGGGGCUUUGGCACAUCAAAUGAUGGAACAAGCAUCCCAUACUGGUUCAACUGCUCCUGCCGGAAGAGAGCCACUUGUAGCAGGUCCGACUGGGCUUUUCUCCUGAACAGUCCC